UUUUGUCAGCAGGCUUUAUUGCCUUACGUUGGCUAAACUGAUUUCUGAGCCCAACCAAAAGCGCCAAAAAACACAGCUGCCCGAGCUGCCAUCAUGGAGUCGGACACUCCAGACACUAUGCAAAUGGACUCUGCCGAAACCGAGCCAAGCACACUUUUUGAUUCCGACGUCGCUGAAGUCGAAGUAGAAAGUUCGGAGCCCGCUGCCGAAGAAAACAGAGCCAAAGGAGAAUUUAAUGAGGAGGAUGAAGAGGACGACGAAGAUUUGGACGAUGACAUGCUAGAGGAGCUCUUAAAUGCAGACAGUGAUGAAGAGGGUGAUGUCGAAGACGUUCAGGAGGAUGCCAUGGCCGUCGAAGGUGACGGAAAUGCGUCAAACAAGCAAAGUGAAAAGUCCGGUUUGACGACGGAUAAAAUUGUCCGAUUGCCUCUAUCAAGGAUCAAGCAAAUUAUAAAACUGGACGAGGAUGUAGAUAGAGUCAAUGGAGAAGCAGCAUUUUUGGUGGCCAAAGCAGCUGAACUAUUCAUCCAGAGUUUCGCAAAGGAGGUGUACAAAGUGACUGCCAGGUCAAAGAAAAAGACUGUUCAACUGCGAGACAUCAAUACUUGCAUUGAUGAGGUCAUGUGCAUGCAAUUUCUUGAAGGUUGCUUCCUCGAGCAGUUGUGAAGUUCUAGAACUCUCAUUUUUGUAAUUAUAUCCUAGGGAAUAUUUAUAAAUUACACAAAUAAUUUUUGAAAAUUACUGUAUUCAUCAUGUUAUUUACUCAAGCGCAAUUAUCAGCAGUUAAAUGAUUUUUAAAAUUACAAACAUAUCAGUUAUUGAACUUUUUUUGCACACACAGGUAUGCAAGUCAAAAUGCUUUUUUUUUAGUUUUCAUUCUGCCUUCAAAGUGUUACGAUUUUUAUAUCACAAGUCUUUCUGGGCAAAAAAAAUUCAUUCCAUAAAAUACCUUGAUCGCUGUUUUAAUACGGCAGAGGUGACCGUUUCUCUUUUUGCUGUACAAAUUAAGCAUGAUUUAGGUCGAGAUCCACCCAUCACAACAAUGAAACACUAUUUGAUUGUUGCUAAAACCCAUCAAUUGGGCACAAGACAAGUUGAAUCCAAUCGAAGCUUUUGGUAACAAUUCAAAUGUUAUAUUAUGACGUGAGGGGACUUUUGUUUAGGUGGAAAUCGUGGGAAACUCUCUCAAGUACUACUUACUACUACUUCUUGAUUAAAAGAUUAUUCAUGAUUCAAAUAUCAGGAAAUCCAAAAGAACAAAAUUUCAUUUCAUUGACUCAAGUGAGCCAGCUCUGACACCUGAAGUGGAUUAAAAUAAUUCCUGAACUUUGGUUUCAAAUUUUAGUGAUUAUUUCCGAUUAAUUCAUUAUUGGGUGCAAAAUGACAGAAUUUGGCUCUAGGAAAUGGUUGUUAAUGGAGAUUCAAAUUAUUUUU